AUGGAAGCACUGCUGGUGGGCAAGCUCAACAUCACCUUCCUCUGGAGCUAUCCUCAUGUCCAUGGCUGGAUCACCUGGAUUAACAAGUGGGUGGCUGGCUCAACAAAGAGGAACAAGGCACUCCACCUGAUCAGCCUGCUCAAGUGGCUGGACAGUGAGUCAAUCACCCCUGCAUCAUCUGGGAUGCCUCACACUGCCUCACAAGCCUUUGGCAAGCAAAAGUACAACCAGUCCAUGACCAAGGCCAUGAACAACAAUGAGCUGGUGGCAGCUGGCAAUGCCCUCCACACCAACAAGCAGCCCACCUUCAUCCUCUGGCUCCUGGACCAUGUGGAGCACUGCUCUGCUCCCUUCCAGAAAUCCCCACAGGACACCACAUCCCUGGCAGUGAAGUGCUACAUCCAGGUGCUGAUGGAGGUCUUCAACAGUGGCUACUGGCAGGAGAUUGUCAGUGUGAACUGCCUCAAGUGGUUGAGCACUGUCAACACCAUUGAGGCAAUGAUACCCACUGAGAAGUUGACCUGCUUCAAGACUGACAAGGAGUUCCAUCCCCUCCUCUCACUGACAUCCCUCUCGCGACUACGACCUUGA